AUGCAUAAUAAGCUGGUCACACGUUCUUCGAUCAAUCAAAAUAUCAAACGACUCUCAAAGAGGCCAAGAGCGGAAAAGCUCCGAUCGUCUGCGUGGAAGAAAUUAGGGUUCAGGGGUGAAAUCGCCGAGAGAAGAAUAGGUGGAGCAAGAAGAUGAUUAGGGGAAAUGGAACCUGAAAACAACGAGCUCGAUCUGAAAACGGACGAAGCAAUCUCGGCGGAAUCGGAAGCGCGACGGUUGCAACUUGCAAGAGCGAACGAUUGGCCCCUUCGUAUAUGUUUUUUUGUUGGUAUGAUGACUUCUCUACCUGCUUGCGGGUCUAAUUGCUGAAUUAGUUUUAGGCAAU